AUGGAUUCAAAAUAUCCCUCAGCCUUGAUGCAGCGUUCGACUGAUUUGGGGGACGCGGACGGUGCACUGCAAGACAGGAUGAACGGGGCUAUCAGCCCAAACACUCGACCAUAUAACGCUCGUCCACAGUACCAAGCAGAUGUUCAACCCCCGUCCUCUACCACGAAUGGAAACCCAAAAUCAAACCAGCACUAUCAUACAUCCACGCCAUCUGGGUUAUCGAUGCCACCAACAUCACGCAUCCCUCCAACUCAGUCAUUGUCGCGCACAUCAACAAUUCCUCCCACUCAUCAAGGCGAAUAUCAAGUUUCAUCACGGCAUUAUUACGAUCCCACAACCGAUGCGAGGGAAAAACAGCCAACAGAAGCUGCUUUAUGGACGGAAAGGAAAAAUCCCAGUUCUCAGAUCCGCGUGCCACAUAUUUAUUCAACUACUGUCACUCCAGCCAAAUACCACAACUCGACUUACGCAACCUCUACAGUGCUGACCACGCCAACACCACCACAACCGGUACAAUUUAGCUUACUUCCUCAAUCAUCUCAUUCUAACUCAUAUUCGCCUGUCCGCCACCCAUCUAGAUCACAGUCUCCCCUCAUGGCUACUGUUACUUCACCCACGAUUCCACUUAGUGGUUUAGGAUUGACAGGAGCAGAUGUCGAGAUAUCUUCCACGGCCUCAGCUGGCAGACUCGCAGAUCCUAUGGCAUUUUCGAGUAUUUUAUCAAGUGCAGACCCAACACCUAAACCGAGUGUGCCUACUUUUGCUGUAAAAAAAAAGCCUCCUCGAAACCAGGCGGGCAAAAGCGACUCUGUUGACUCUUCCACUUCAACUCCAGUCUCAAGUAAUCCCCGAGCACCCAUCAAGCGCAAAGUGAACGGUGAGCGCAAAGUAUCUCCGUCGAAAAGUAAGCCGAUUCUAGAGGAGCAAGAGAAGCAGAUUCAACUUCUCAUGACGAAAAUUGAUGCAGAGGCAAGCGAUAUUGAACUCGAAGAAUUUGAUUCCGACAAAUAUAUCUUCACCGCAAAUAAUUUAAAGCGAAAGCUCGAGGUGGAGAGUGCUGAAAUUGCAAAGAUGAAAAAGCGACGCUCCGAAUUUACGGAGAAAAUGGCUCUAAAACUAGGGAGGCAUGCAGCAUUUGGGGAACUUCGGUACAGAGAAAUACAUGUUGACUCUGCUGUCACGAUAGUACAGGAAAAGGAGGUCCAGGCUGAGAAAGAGCGUAAAAAAGAUAUGCAACGUAAGCGUCGUCGAGAGAAGACCGUCGCAACCAAUAUUGAACAAAAAGAGAUAGCUAUCAAAAAAGCUCGGGCAGCCGAGAACGAAGUUGAGCGCCAAAAGUUCAUCAAGGAGGCCCAGCGUGCCGAAAAGAAAGCCCACCAGACCAAAAUUAUCCUAGAGCAAGGCGAUAAAAAGGUCUCUGAUAGUCAAGUUAGCACAAGUACUGAGCCAAACACAGUUGAGAAUGUGCUUCCGAUAUUUCUAACUCCCGAGGAACCAAUUAAACCAAAAACAAAGCGAGGUGGUGCUCGGUUAAGGAAGACAAAGGAGCAGAAGCAAGCCGAAAAAGAUUCAGCUGAAGCCGCUCAGGCUGCUAUAGAUGCUGGGGAAGAGCUACCGCUCACUAUACCCAUAAAAGAGGAACCUAAGCUUCGACUUAAGAUUAGUCGAGAUGAGCUACCCACAAAGCUUGAGCCGUUCGUCUCAAAAGGAUACAACCAGAUAUAUGACCAAAUUUGGCGGGACCUGGCGCGAAAAGAUGUCAAUAAAGUGCAUAAGCUCGCAGGAGAAUCAUACACCACGAAGGUGUCUAACUUAAAGAAAACCGCUAUCCUAGCUUCGAAGGAAGCCAAGCGUUGGCAGCUUAGGACUAAUAAAGGUACCAAAGAUCUUCAAGCUCGAGCUAAGCGUGUUAUGAGAGAAAUGGCAUCAUUCUGGAAGAGAAACGAGCGAGAAGAGCGUGAUACUCGCCGAGCCGCUGAGAAACAGGAGAUAGAGAAUGCGAAAAAAGCAGAGGCUGAUAGAGAAGCCAACCGACAAAAAAGAAAGCUCAACUUCUUAAUCUCUCAAACUGAAUUGUAUUCACAUUUUAUUGGAAAGAAGAUCAAGACGGAUGAGGUCGAACGAUCAACUGAUCUUCCUGGAAUUGAAAACGCACAGAAGCAUCAGGGUGAACCAGCUGUCGAUGUUCACACCCAGAAUAUAACAACAUUGGGCAAAGUCACAAACUUCGAGGACCUUGAUUUCGAUGCCGACGACGACUCUGUGCUUAAGGCGGCAGCAAUGGCUAAUGCCCAAAGUGCAAUUCAAGAAGCUCAAAGUAAGGCAAGAGCUUUCAACAAUCAGGAUGAUUCUCCGGCCCUGGAUGAAGAAGGAGAAAUGAACUUUCAAAAUCCGGCUGGGCUGGACGAUAUUGAGAUUGAACAGCCGGAGAUGUUGCAAGCUCAACUUAAGGAAUACCAGUUGAAGGGUCUAAAUUGGCUAGUAAACCUCUACGAGCAAGGUAUCAAUGGUAUCCUCGCCGAUGAAAUGGGUCUCGGUAAGACUGUACAAUCAAUUUCUGUCAUGGCCUAUCUUGCCGAGAAGCAUGGUAUCUGGGGUCCUUUCUUGGUUGUGGCCCCUGCAUCAACUCUCCAUAACUGGCAGCAAGAGAUUACCAAAUUUGUUCCUUCACUCAAGGUACUGCCAUAUUGGGGGACAGGAGCUGAUCGAAAAGUUUUGCGGAAAUUCUGGGAUCGAAAACACAUUACAUAUACACAAGACGCACCAUUUCAUGUUCUAGUUACCUCAUAUCAACUGGUAGUAUCUGAUGUUAAUUAUUUCCAGAAAAUGAAAUGGCAAUACAUGAUAUUAGAUGAAGCUCAAGCUAUCAAGAGCUCACAAAGCUCUCGAUGGAAAGUCCUACUUAGCUUCCACUGUCGGAAUCGACUUUUACUAACUGGUACACCCAUUCAAAAUAAUAUGCAAGAAUUGUGGGCAUUACUUCACUUUAUUAUGCCAAGUUUGUUCGACUCCCAUGACGAAUUCAGUGAAUGGUUUUCUAAAGAUAUUGAAAGCCAUGCACAAAGCAACACUAAACUUAACGAAGAUCAAUUAAAAAGGUUACACAUGAUACUAAAGCCAUUCAUGCUACGUCGUGUCAAAAAACAUGUUCAAAAAGAGCUCGGAGACAAGAUUGAAAUCGAUCUUUUCUGUGACUUAACCUAUCGCCAACGAGCUUACUACAGUAACCUUCGCAACCAGAUAAGUAUCAUGGAUUUAAUUGAGAAAGCUACUAUAGGAGAUGACAACGACACUGGAACCCUGAUGAAUUUAGUAAUGCAAUUUCGGAAAGUUUGUAAUCAUCCGGAUCUUUUCGAACGUGCCGAAACAGUUUCCCCUUUCUCUUUCGGAUACUUUGCUCAAUGUGGAUCGCUUAUGCGAGAGGGCUUGAGCAUUGAUAUGAAAUACUCCAUUCGAAACUUAAUAGAGUACAAACUUCCAAAGCUAAUUUGGCGACAGGAAGGUCGUAUUGACGCCCCUGGUCAAAAUAAUUACAAAGCGGGAUUCGUUAAGAAAUAUAUCUACGAAAAAUUCAGUGUAUUUGCACCCGAAAACAUCAGAGAGAGUAUAAAUGAUAGGGAAGCCUUCUCGUUCCUAAGAUUCGUGGACACUUCGAUUGGUGAAGCCUCAACUGCUUCCCGUAGCGGCAUAUUAUGUAGAGCUAUCGCCUUGGCGCAAACGCCUCGUCGCUCGCUAGACUCUCUUAAGGUUGUGUAUGAUGAUGAGGGGUCAGAUGGCUUCACCUCACCAAAUUCUUUGCUCAUGAUUGUAAAACGAAAUGAUCAACGGAAACUAGCUCAAACUACCAAUGAGGGCUAUCUCCACAAACUUCUAAAUAUUUUCAGUGAUGCAUGGAUUGAGUCCGGGAUAAGUCGGCUCGAAUACUGUAGCGGAAUAAAAGCUACUGCCCCGCCAAUUGAGGUCGUGUGUCCUAGUCGAGGGACAAUAAUCGAGAGAGAUGAUUUACUAUUCAACAUUAGGACAAGGAAAGCUAUCUUCGGUCCAUCACCUAUAGAAGAGAGAGGUUUGAUCACUUCUAAAACUCACCCUUCUUUAUACCCCGCAGCUAAAAUGCUCCCCAUGCCAGUCUCAGAAAAACAGCGCUUUACCAAUAUUCAGGUUCCUUCCAUGCGUCGGUUCGUAACAGAUUCUGGGAAGCUUGCUAAGCUAGAUGAGCUACUUUUUAAACUAAAAGAAGGUGGCCAUCGUGUGCUCCUAUAUUUCCAGAUGACACGCAUGAUAGAUCUCAUGGAAGAGUAUUUGACUUAUCGUAACUACAAGUAUCUACGGUUAGAUGGCUCUACAAAGCUUGAGGAUCGCCGUGACACCGUUCACGAUUUCCAAACUCGCCCAGAAAUCUUCAUAUUCCUUCUUUCAACUCGGGCCGGUGGACUUGGGAUUAACUUAACAACAGCUGAUACAGUUAUAUUUUAUGACUCUGAUUGGAAUCCUACCAUUGACUCCCAGGCCAUGGAUCGCGCACAUCGUCUUGGACAAACUAAGCAAGUUACAGUUUAUCGAAUGAUUACACGUGGUACAAUCGAAGAGCGCAUAAGAAAGCGAGCAUUGCAAAAGGAAGAAGUACAAAAAGUAGUGAUGACCGGCGGGGCUGGUGUAGAUUUUAACACCCGAAGCAAAGAGAAUCGCACGAAAGAUAUUGCUAUGUGGCUUGUCGAUGAUGAUGAGGCGGCAGAGAUUGAGAGAAAAGAACAAGAGUUAGCGGAACGAGAGGUAAAAGAGCCAGAAAAGAAGAAAGCCAAAGGCAAGAAGCGAAAAGCAGAUGGAGGCGCUGGUGGUAGCUUGGAAGACUUGUAUCACGAAGGCGAAGGACAUUUCGAUGAAGGGUCUAGUAAGACCACUGGUGUAACAGCAUUAACAGGCACUACUGAAGGUGGACCCAAGGUUAAAAAACCUCGAAAAGCCGGGAGUGGUCGGAAAGCGAAGACAGCAAAGCAGAAAUUGGCUAUGGCUGACGGAGAUGUCGACCUUGGCUAA